UAUCACCAUUAAAAUGGAACGUGACUCUGUCCGCACGUUGCUUCGCUCCCUCGCGGCGACUCAGCAACAUGCCGCGUCCGCCGGCGCCCUGCGAGCGAGCGAGACGGGCGCUGUUGCCCGGCAUCACGUGUAUCUGGCAUGUUGCCGCGCCCCCCGCGGCGGCUCGCGUCAUCCAGUGCCGCAACAAAUGUUUACGCGACAGACGUGUAUCGGGAAACAAGACAUGGCGACCGUGUGGGACGACGACAAGAUCUUCAGAUUGAUCGAGCUUUUCCAGAAGAAUAGAAUACUAUGGGACUCCUCAGCUUGGACCAAAGAUUACAGGAACAAAACGAGGAAGUUGGACACGUGGGCUGAGAUAGCAAAGUUGUUGAAGGUACCGACGCACGAUGUGGAAAGUAAGAUGCAUACGCUUCGGUCGCAGUUUGCCCGCGAGCGGAAGAAGGCGAUGGCCAUGAAGCCGGCUGGCGUGGAAAUGGCCGAGGUGGAGAAAUCUAUCAAGUGGAAGUUCUACGACGCGCUGAAGUUUCUGCCCGCGGGGCCCACCAGGGGAUUCGGGAACGAUGGCACGACGAACGCGGGAAACCCAAACGACUAUCUGGAGGUGGAGUUCUCCGACGAGUCUCGAUCAUCCCGGUCGACUUCCGAACGUUCCUCGCACCCCGCGCCGGGCCCGUCACGCAGCCGAAACCGAGCCAAACGGAGAAGCGAAGAGGUAUUAGAAGGAUACGACGAAUGGGUCAGGCGCCAGAGAAUACGCGAUUACUACGAGUCUAAAAAAGACGAGUUCGACUUUUAUGGACAGUACGUUGCUUCGGAGCUGAGGCAGACAACGGAUGACAUGGCCGUCCUGCAAGCCAAGCAUCGGAUUAAUACUAUACUGGUAGAUUUGAGGUUGGGCAAAUACAGACGGAAUGGGCCCUUCUCGGGGGACCGGGACUGGUAACCUGAAGUAUGGGCUUUUCCUGAAAUAUUCAGGCACCAAUAGGGUGGCACAAUGUACUCAAUUCGUAAGCACUGUAAUAGUCUAGUAUGUAAGAGAAAUAAACAUUAUUUUAGUUAUUAUUUGCUGUAAACGACCACAAAUGAAUGGUAAUUUUUUGAGUACAAAAAUGACUACAAGUUUAGCUCUACACAGGUGUAGAGCUUAUACAUUCCUG